AUGUGCUUCUCUCACCUAGACCAGCUCGCCUCUCAGAACAAGUGUGCUCCCCCCAUACCACCCCCACUCAUCUCCAACCCUCGCCUUCUGCGUCCUCUUCGACCCAAGCGCCUUGGCGUGCAGUAUGCCCCUCGAUCCCUGCUGGCGACGUACCUCCGACCCAAGCCAUCCAUCUAUGAGCUCUGUCAUUGUGGUAUGAACAAUGGUGGGCGGUAUUCCGAGGGAUCUUUCGUAUCUCGCACCAAAAGCUACGGGCCUCUCAAUAAGCCCGGUCAUGACUUGAUGCUGGCAAACGGUUCUGCGCAUAAGCGCGUAUCGCUCACGAGCUUCGCUAGCAAUGGACACAGGGACAAGCAAUACAGCUGCUUGGGUAGACCCAUUACCCCCGCCGAUACGUGGCCCGUGGAAGAGCUUCUUUGUGCGAGCUUGCUGGCUUCACGCGCCACCAUCACACCGCCACUCGCUUGUCCUGUCUCUACUCCGCCAGUUAUACGCGAGAGAGUCUUCACUCCUCCUCCGAAGAUAGACCUAUCAUCCGAAGAGCCCCUCGAGCGUGAGAUAUUCAUGCAAGAGAUACCAGGCUUUGCGACAUCCCAGCUGGAGAGGGAAAUUGGGCUGGUUGCCCCAGACUGCGCAUCGCCGCAUAUCGUGACCGACAACGAGGUCCUCGAGGUUGAAGUAGUUACGGAGCUCUCGGAAGGUCUGGAUAUAUUCGACGAGGAGGAUGUGACUGCACUAUUCGAAAGCGAGAGCUGUGGAUCUCAUGAUCUGGAGAGAAGUGGGUUGAAGAAGUCUGUUACUUUCAACGAGGAAACGGAAGUCUACUGGUUUGAGAUCAGCCGCGGUACCAGCUCGGAGGCUCACCUCGACCUCUCUUUUGGCUACGAAUCCGAUAUCGAAGACAACCUUACUCCCACCCAACUUCUUCGCAAACAGUACAGGAUCGUCCCUGCAAGCCCCCCACCUGUGGAGCACCGAGAAUUCUGGAAUGUCGUGGCUUCUCUGGGUAUCAGCAGCCCUCUCCAAGAUCUGUCCGAUACUAGCAUCCAGUCGCCCACCCGAAACUCUCUCCCUUCGAGCUUGGAGGCCGAGCAACUCUCACCUCAUCGACAAUCUCUUUCGCGCGCAGAAGACGCCAGUCUCGACUCUGUCGAUGAAAUUGUAUCCAGACCCGAAGAUCAAGACAUCGACCUCUCUUCUGAUACCACACCUAUUCCGACCCAACACAUAUCUCUCCAUGCCUCAAGCAUUCACCUCUCGGAAUCCUUCGACGACACGCCCACCAAAAUGGUCACUGCUCCCCGCAUCCUGUCCCAUACUGUCCGCCCUCCGAUCAUGUCACUUUGCCCCACCCAUCUCCAGGGCAAGAAGAACUCUCGACACCCUAGGCGUGACCGAAAACCUACUCUGACUCCAGUAUUGUACGCGAGAUCGACCCGGAGAAGUUGA